CCGAUCUGAAACCAAACACCAAAGCAUCACAUGCUUCCGAUUACAAAUACGUAGCGAAUCUCGAUACCAGAAAAGCAUCCAUCCAUAAGCUCCGGCAGCCCCCAUGGACAGCCUUGCCGCUGCUGCCCUCACAUCUGCAGCCCAAGCACCCGACCGCUCUGAACGCGGCCUUACGGAGAUUCCGGAUGGCGGAACUCCGACUAUUAUCGACUUCAUCCCGCCGCCCCGCAAGGGACCGCUUCGCGUCCGCCGAGCCGCCCACAACGUCGACGCGGAGUACCUGAAGAAGUACGUAAAGGGCAUAGAGCUUAUGAAAGCUCUUCCGGCCGACGACCCCCUCAGCUUCACGCGGCAGAUGGACCUUUACCAUGCCUACCGCGACGGCGCUUACCACCAAGUCGGCCUUCCCAAACUGGACUUGCAGGGGCCCAACUCACGGUUCUUUUUCCCCUGGCACCGCUGCUACCUCUACUUUUUUGAGCGCAUCCUCAGCAACCUCAUCGGUGACGAUGAGUUCUCCCUUCCCUUCUGGAGCAGGGACGACCCCGAAAGAAAGGUGGUGCCUGAUUUCUACAAGAAGAACCGCGACCCGAACAACCAAAAGCAGAAGCCGAUAAUCCACAAUCGGAGCCACGAUUCGAACCCGAGCUUCACCGAACGCAUGGAAGACAACCUCAAAUACAUGUACCGAUCUAUGACAUUGAUUGGAAAGAGCGCGGGGCUCUUCAUGGGCUCGCCGAACGGGGAAGGGGAGGAAACCAAUUACCCUGGUGGUGGAUCCAUAGGGCAAAUCCCGCACUGUCCUGCUCAUGUCUGGAUCGAGGAGCAGGCCAUGGGCAGCUUCAACUAUACCAGGCCUAACUGGAACUUGUGGGCAUGCUAUGCCAACGUUGACCGCAUCUGGUCCGCCUGGGAGGCACAGGGCUGUGUCCAUCGCAUAGACAUCGUUGACCCUGACUUGCUCAAGGCGUAUUUCUACUUUUAUGACGAGAACCGGCAGAUUGUGAGGAUAAAGGUUAGGGAUUGCCUUGACACGGAGAAAUUAGGUUUCAGAUAUGAGACGGUGGAGCUUAAAAGUGAUGUAUGAAUGUGCUUUUGCGUGUUUAUUUUCUUAGGUUUGAUAAAUGGUUUGACUACAACGCAUGGUUAAACUUGGGCUUUAUAAUGGUAUGUUUGUUGUUGUGCGUC